UCAUUUGCGUUAAGACAGCGCGUUCGUUAAGAACGUUCACUCCAUAAAAUAUCCCAUACAUAUAUUCCGUAUAAACAAAACAGGCGACGAGAUCGCAACGUACGAGCUGUACAUGUUGUCGUUUGUUGAUCGUUAGUUUUUUUAUAUUCUAUUGAAAUUGAAUUCAAUGUUCAAUGGUCGGUUUGUAAGCUUCUAAAAGUUUUGAAAAUAAAAAAAUGAAUAAAAACGAAAAUCGUAUAAAAUAUACAUUUUGCCAAAAAAGGUACGAACCGUAAAAAGAUCGAUCGAAGAUCGCUAUUGACUGAUCGUGCGAGCAUCGAACGUGUGUUUAUGUGAUCGGAAUUGAAAAUUGGAAAUUGGAAUUUUUCAACGUACACUUAAUCGAUGGAAAACCAAAAACGGAGUCGAAGUUGAACAGGUUUAGAAAUAUACAGACAUAAAUACGAGCAGUUGUUGUUUUUCACAAAUAAUUUGCGCACGCACUACUCUUAAAGUUUCCUUAAUUUAAUGCGAAAAUUGUGCAAGUGUAUGUGUGUGAAGUGAAGUAAUUACAAACAAAUACAAACAAGUAAAAAAAAUCAACUACAAAUCGCAGAUAAAAUUGUAAAUUGUAAUUUCGUGUAAGCUGCGACAUACAUGAAAAAUGCAUUCAUUAUAUCUUUACGAGCAUUUGUUUGAUGCACAAGCGAGACUUGACCACAACAGCGAGCGUAGCAGUAAACCAGUGUCCGUUGUGGCGGCAAAGAAUGCGCAACUCUGCGUGAAAGCGCAUAAGCCGAUUGAAAAGAAAUUAUUGCUUGCGUUGAAAAAGUUUAUUAAGUGAAGGACAUUCUAGUAAACGAGCGAACGAACAAGUGAGAACAAAGAACGACACUGAAAAGUGAAAGUCAAGUCAAGGAAAUUGUGCUAGGAAGCGAACAAAGUGAAUUGUAGAGAAAGUCGUGAAAAGUACAAUUAGAGAUUGUGAGCAAAGUGUUCCACAAGUUCAAUUCAGUAUUUAAAGCAGAAAAGUUAUACUAAGACAUUUUUACUGAAAUUGAAAGUACAAGAGAAUAAACGAAAAACCUAAAAACUACAGCUGGUGACAAUAAAAGCUGAAAUUUAAUAAAAAAUUCAGUGAACUGUGAUAAGUAAUUUUAAAAAUGUAGUUUUACUGCUAUGCGCUUACUUUUGUUGACGGCAGUAAAUCAAAAAGUAUUUAAUCGUAAAAAAGUGUAAAUUCAAAACUCUACAAAAAGGCGUUACAAAUAUAAGCUGUGAUUAAUUGCUGGCGAAGAUACGUGAAAAUACGCUGAAAAACGAAAAAAGGAAAUUUUCACCAAAAAGCUUAAACAAUUUAAUAAUAAAAAGGUUAAGAGAUUUAAAAUCCACUUAACAACGAAAACCUAACCUAUAUUUAAGUAAAUCGGAAUUUUCGUCUGUGAACGAAAAUUACUACGAAUUUAAUAAUAAACGAAAUAAUUUCAUUAAAAUACACUAAAAUUCUACAAUUGUGCCACAAAAAAAAAAAAAAAAAACAAAUUAACAAAAAACACCUCGUAAGCAGUAUUAAAUUCCCCACCAAAAGUUCACACAAAUCAGUCCUCAGUACAAUUGCCAAAAUGAUCUUCAAUAAAUAUAUCGAAAAGCUUUCGAGCUCCUUUGGCACAACCGCCAAACAACAACAAAACAAGCAAAAUCAAAUCAACGACAAGACGCGCAAUGUAGAAUACGAAAAAGCAAUGGCGGCCACCUACAUCAAUAGUGGACACUAUCAUCAUUACAAUCCAAGUCACAUUGCGUCUAAGAAAAAGAAAUUAAGUAAAAGUCAGCAGCAUCAACAGCAGCCACGUAACUUUCUAAGCUCGGAUGAAUUGGCAUCGAUAAAUAAUAAUAAAAACAGUAGUAGUAGUAAAAACAGGAACAACGUAAUACGCCAUAAUAGUCAUAGUAGUAAUAAUUACCUAAAAGUGCCUCAACAGUCCCACGUACGCAUCAAUGCCAAAGAUAUACCCGCUCUACGCAUCGCUACGGAUGCGCAGGUUGAAGAUGCUGGUGAUGCGACUCUAACGUCGUCCGUGCACUCUUACGAGGGUGACAUUUUUCGUACACCACUCUCAUCGCUCAAUCCCUCUCCUGCCUCGUCGUAUACAAAUUCGCUGUCUACAGAGUCGUUGGCAGCUGGUACAUACAGUCCGAGCUCCUCGAUGUCGGCUGCUUCGACGCCAACAUCGCUAUCGACCUCGCCACCGCGUUUCCACAGUCGACCACCGUCGUUGCGUUUAUCCAAGGAGUUGGGCGAGAUUUAUUGCAAAUUAUUGAACUUUCCAUGGUUUCAUGGCAAUCUUUCGGGCAAAGAAGCUGAAAAAUUGAUAUUGGAGCGUGGAAAGAAUGGUUCGUUUCUAGUGCGUGAAUCUCAAAGUAAACCUGGAGAUUUUGUGCUCUCAGUGCGCACAGAUGAUAAAGUAACGCAUGUCAUGAUUCGAUGGCAGGACAAAAAAUACGACGUUGGCGGUGGCGAAGCCUUCGACACGUUGUCCGAACUCAUCGAGCGCUACAAACGUAAUCCGAUGGUGCAGACGUGCGGUACAGUGGUGCAUCUGCGACAUCCAUUCAAUGCCACACGCAUUACUGCAGCGGGUAUCAAUGAAAGAGUCGAGCAACUGGCCAAAGGUGGAUUCUGGGAAGAAUUUGAAUCGUUGCAGCAGGACAAUCGCAAUAUGUUUUGUCGCGUUGAAGGUUACAAGCCGGAGAAUCGCGGCAAGAAUCGCUAUCGCAAUAUACUGCCCUACGAUCAUACUCGCGUUAAGCUACUAGAUGUGGAUAAAAAUUUGCCUGGCUCUGAAUACAUAAAUGCGAAUUAUAUUCGCUUACCUACCGAUAGCGAUUUGAAUAGCAUGAGCUCAUCUUCGGAGAGCUUAAAUGUCACUGGUUUAGUGGCUUCCUGUCCCGCUUGCACCGCCGCCCAAAUGCAGAAGAAUUGCCCCAAUUGUCAAAUGCUGAAUAAGACGUGUGUGCAAUGUGCUGUGAAAUCGUCUAUACUGCCGUUGAGCAAUUGCGCUACCUGUAAUAAAAAAUCGGAUACGAUGAAGCACAAGCGCAGCGAUUCAUCUGCCUCUACAGCAACGAGUUUUAGUAGUGCUGGUGUCUGUGGUCCUGGUGGGUCUCGAUCGGCACUCGCCGGUGGCAGUGUUGGCGGGUUGUUGAAGAAGGGCAGCAAUGACUUGACUGAACGUGAUAUGUUCAAGGUGUACAUUGCGACACAGGGUUGCUUGCCGACCACGAUUGUCGACUUCUGGAACAUGAUCUACCAAGAGAAUACGCGCGUCAUCGUGAUGACAACCAAAGAGAUUGAGAGAAACCGCAGUAAAUGUGCCAAAUACUGGCCGGAUGAAGGUCAAUGCCGACACUUCGGCCCAGCGAAAAUCCAAUGCCUCUCAGAAAACAAAACCAGCGAUUAUACGCUACGUGAAUUUAUAUUCAUUUGGCGCGAUAAACCCGAUCGUCGCAUCUUUCAUUAUCACUUUCAAGUGUGGCCCGAUCAUGGUGUGCCGCAGGAUCCGGGUUGCGUGCUGAAUUUCCUGCAGGAUGUCAAUUCGAAGCAGAGUCAGCUGACGCUGGCGGGCGAGAAGCCGGGCCCCAUUUGCGUGCAUUGCUCGGCUGGCAUUGGUCGUACGGGCACAUUCAUUGUGAUUGAUAUGAUUCUCGAUCAAAUCGAUAGAUAUGGUCUAGACACCGAAAUCGAUAUACAGCGCACAAUACAAAUGUUGCGCUCCCAACGUUCUGGUUUAGUACAAACUGAAGCACAAUAUAAAUUUGUUUAUUAUGCUGUUCAACACUACAUACAAACGCUGGUACAGCGCAAACGUGCCGAAGAGCAAAGCUUACAAGUCGGGCGCGAAUACACAAAUAUCAAAUAUUCGGGCGAAAUGAGCAGUGACUCUCAAAGAUCUCCGCUACCAUCAGCACUUUCUAGUAUAAGUUUAGCAAAUAAAUCUCCUACGGGAGGCGGCAGCUUGCUUAUGCCUGCCACAAGCAGUUACAGCAUUAGCAAUAACACCAAUAGCGCCAGCAGCGCUGCAGAUGACCUGAAUCACUAUGUGAGUGCAACAGCUACCAAACAUCACAUGCACGGUUCAACGCCGCCUUUGGUUGCAAAAAAGCAAGCACCGCUUCCACCAUCGCCAUCCAGUACACUGAGCAGCACAGCGUCAAAAGCCGGCGAUAGCAGUUUGCAUCAUCCACAACAAAACGCAAUGCAUUCGCAGCAGCAAACAACAACAACAUCAACGGCAACUGCAUCCGCCGCCGCCGCUGCCACCGGUGCCGCUGCGGCAGGUAAGCAGCCAACGAAAACAUUCCCAAAGACAUGAGCACGCGCACAGGCAGUGGUCAGCAGCGUCAGCAACAGCCACCGCCUCGGACACCGCCGCGCUCUAGCUAUACAUGACAGUUAAAGUUUUAAAACGAAAUGUUCUUGCGCGCUUAUUUGCUUCAAAAGCGAAUUUUCGUGAUAAUUUCUUCAAGGCUUUCAAGUGAGCGUGGUUGUGUGGCAGGGAAGGGAAUGGGUGGUAGUGUGCGCGAAUUGUGAAUGAAUUGCGAGCCACGAAACAUUUUCAAAAAGGCAUCAACACAAAGUAAAAAAAAAACUUAUAUUCCUUCUGUGUAAUUUUUUCAAAGUAUUUGUGUUUCGGAUGUGAGCACAAAGUGCUGAAAACUAUUUGCGUUUCUAGUAGUUCCUUCACGUAUUUUUCCUAACUUCCUCAUAUGAUUUUUCUUGUCGUUUGGCUUAAUUGUAUUUGUUUUCUUAAUAACUUGAAAAAAUUUUUGUUGUUCGUUUAAGCAAAAAUUCUGAGUGAUCUCGAAUUACACCGCUUAUGAUGGAAGAUUUUAAGUUUUUUGGAAAAUUAUUUUCUAUAAAGUUACAAUUUUUAAAAUAGUAUUCUAGCGUUUCUAUUUAUACACGUUUUUGUAUUCUCAUAUCUUCUCUCUUAAUUUCUUCGUCUCUCGUUUUUUUCAAUAUAAAUCUCGAACGAUAAAUAUAAUUAUGAUGCUGGUUAUUGUUGUUAUUAUGCUAGAGUAGUUUGUUGCUGCUGUGGCUGUUGCUGUUUUAUUUUUGUUGUAGUUGUAGUUGUGUAGUAGUAUUGUUGCAUAGUAGUGCAGCGCUAAAGCAAACGUAAAACGUAGAAAACAAAAAAAAAAAUUAUAUAUUCAUACGAAAAAAGCGUUGAUUGUGAUCUGUAUUGAUGCAUUAAAAAUUAUGAACUAUUAGAAAAGAAACUGCUGUAAAAAUAAGUGAGCAAGAAGCAAAUUUAAAUACAAAAAUAUUAUAAAUUGCAAGCGUGGCAAAAAAAUACUAACAUUUGCAAAAAAGCGUUUGUGAAAAAAAUUUUGUAAAAUUGUGAGAAAAUGCAAAUGUAAAAGGUUUGAGAAUUUCAGCACAAAAAUAUAAAUAUGAGGAUCGUGAAAGCCAUCGAAAAAAUCAAAGAGCAAUAGAAAGAAGUGAAAUCUGAUUUUACAACCAAGUACAGUGUAACCUCUUCUAACAGACACCUCUAUUAGGCGGACUACUUCCUCAAGCGGACUUUUUUUUCUAUAUCAAAUCUUAUGUAUCGGCAGAAGUUACGCCCUUUUGAGUGGACACCUCUCUUGGAAGAGCAAAAACGGACUGACGGUGCGCGUCCGCCCAGGAGAGGUUUUACUGUACAACAAAUCAAAAAUUUGAAUUUCCCAAGUGCUUUAGUUUUUUAUUAGUUUUCUAACUAAACUUGCUUGAAAUAUCAAAAACAACACAAACAACAAAGUGGAUUCCAUAUAAAGUUGAAAAUUUCAGAAUAUUUGUAAAUUUUUUAUAAUUCGCAUUAUUGGUAUUCAAAAAAAUAAUUACAAUAAAAAUUCGAUUCUAAUAAGAACACGUACACACAAUUACUUUGCGCUGCUGAUUUUAAGUCUGCAAAAAAGAGAAAAAUUAUGUUUUCAUUCUAUGUCUGAAAUAGUCGCUUCUUGUACUGCUGUAAUUCUAUAUAUGAAAAAAUUAUAUUAGUUUUUGUAUGUUUUUUUGUCUUUUUUAAAUGUGCAAACUGCUAAAAACUAUUGUUAUAAUAUUUUUAACCCAUUAUUGCUGUGUGUUUUUACGUAUAUUUAUAAAAAAUUAUAUUUAAUAAAUUUACUAAAUUUAAACAACGAAUUGUUUUAAAUUUUUUUUUUGAUUUUAAAAUUUUUUAAUUUACAUUUUUUUUGUUUCUAAUUUUUUUUUAAUUACAAUUUUUUAAAGUUAAAAUUGUUUUAAUUAAGAUUUUUUUAUUUACAUUUUUUUAAUUAAAAUCUUUUUAAUUAAAAUUUUUUUGAUAUACAAUUUUUUAAAUUAAAGUUUUUUUUGCUAACAAUUUAUUUUGCUUUAAUUUUUUAAAUUAAAAUUCUUUUUACUUGUUUUCUGCUUUUGGAAUUUUAUUAAAUGCUUAAAAUAUUUUGUUUUUGAAUUGUGUAUAAAGUUUAAAAAAUUCACGUAAAAUCUUUUUUGCGCUUAAUUUUGGCUUAGCCUGAGUUUCUUCUUCCUUCAAUAAAAACUCCUCUUAUGUUGUUUUAAGUGUGAAUUCUGCGCUUCAAAUUUCGAAUAAUUGGCUUACAAACUUCUUCAUAUAUGUAUCUUUUCUUGUUGUAGCGCAUUUCAUAAUUUUUUUUUCAAUUUUGCGCUCCUUAAAUGUUUGGUUUCUUGUUUGUUUUUGUUUCAUUGUUUAAUUUUUGUUUUGCUUUGCCAUAAUCCGUUAUUUGUAUUGUAGCAUCUCGGCUAGUUUUGCACGUAAGCUGUUUUUAACUUUAAGCUCAAAACGUCUUUUACUGCUAAUCUAAAAAUAUGUAAGCAGUUAUAAAACCAAUUGAGUUGUGUAAAUUGUUCAAAUGUGGCUUUUAGUGGCAUUGCAAAAUUAGCAAUUGUGUGGUAUUUUGUGAAGAUUUUUCUGCUGUUUAUAAUUUUUGCGGAACUGCUUUGAAUAUUCAGUUGCAUUGGAAUGAUUAUCGUAAAAAAAGCUUCUGAUGUAAACAAUGCUUUUGUUUUUAAAUAUUUCUUAACGUAUUAUUGAAGAUUGUAAAAAGUAUAUGAAUUUUUUUUGUAAGCCUUUAAGCGCAAUAACCCACAAACCUGAUUAUAACUGUGGAAAACUUGUAUACCAAUAAAAAUUAAAAUCGAAAAAAAAAAAUAUAUAUUUUUUACAAUUUUUUAUGUAUAUUUUUUAGUUACAAAAUGUUCAUGUAUCAAAAAAAAAAACGCACACGAAUACAAAUUUAAAGCUAAUUAAGUGAACUUUUUUUUCCAUAUUCUUUUAAUGUUUUUUAUCGAUUUUCUCACGCUUAAAGCUUUACAGUAUUUUAAAAUUACGUAUUUUAAAAUCGAUAAGAGUUCCGCAAAAAUUAUAAAAUAACUUGAGAAAAAUUUACAAAAUUGAAUAAUUUUUGUAAAAUUGUACGAUAUUAAAAUUACGUGAAAAUUAAAUUAUUAUGAAACUGGAUUAAAUUAUUAUUUAUGUAUAUCGCCUACUAUUAUCGUAAAUUUUGCGAAAUUGAUGGAAUUUUAAUGCCUAGCUGUGCGAGUGUAAGCAUUUGUUUUGAAAAAAGAAAGUUAUUAACUGUUUUUUAUACCAAAUUUGAUUUGAUUAGUUGUUAAGUGCAAAAUUUGUGUAUUGCUGUCAAUUAGCGGUAGAAAAACAAAACAUUAUAUAUAUAUUUUGUACAUGCAUACAUACACAUACAAAUAUAUUAAACAUAACAUUAGUUAUUAAAAGAAAACCAAUACGAAUUAUUUUAGAAAUACAAAAACAAAUCGCUUAAAACAAAUUGCUGUUAAGAUGUUGCUUUCGCCAGCAAAAAAUUAUUUUUAAAAUAAGUAAAACUUUUUUUAAGUACUUUAUUUUGUAAUAUUUGUUUGCAUUAUGUGAAAGUUUUAAAAUAAACCAACAAACAUACAAAUUUAUAUAUAAAAUGCUUUCUUUCUUUUUUUAGUUAUUUCAAAUUAACAUUUUUUAAAUAAUAUUUUUAAAAAUAAGAUUUAGAACAAAAUAAUUUAAUAUAAAAAGAACAUAUUUUUUUUUAUUAUGUACACAUUAUAAUUGUUUGACAGGCUGUUAUUUAAGAAAGUAAAGUAAGAAAUAAGAAUUAGUAAUUGCAUAAAAAAUUUGCAGAAAUUGUUAUUCGUCAAAAUCGCUUAACAACAAAUAUUCAAGUGGAGUCCAAACAAAAACAAAAAACGAAAAAACAAAAUUAGAAAAAAAGAAUCCCAAAAAAUAAGGCAAAGGGUAUAUUCAGAAACGCAUUAUAAAUGCGCAGUAAUUGCAGCGCUGGCAGCACUGCCAAUGUGACAAGUGUUGCAAUUGAUAGAUUGGCAGUAUUAAAAUUUUUCCUGCAAAUAAUGCGCGACGUUUGAUACAAAAAUGGCGUUUUGGAACGCGAUGCAUUUGCAGUACUGCCAUAUUUGCAUUUCUGAACGCAUUGCCAACACUGCAAAAGUACGUUGCGCAUUAUAAUGCGUUAUUGAAUAUACCCAAAGUGUUGCGCUUAAAAAACAAACAGUUAUAAGCGAAGAAGAUUAGUAAAGAAAAAUAAUAAUUGAAAAAAGAAAAAAAUAGUAAACAAUUUUUUACACAAACAACUUAAAUGCUAUGUAAAUAAACACAAAAACACACACAUACAUAUUUAUAAGCAUAAACACUAUACGAAUACAAUGCAUGCCUAUACAUAAACAUAUACAAAUACAUAUAUUACAUUUACAUAUACA